CAACCGCUACCUGCCAGGCGGAAUGGACGUACACUCCAGAGCUCCUGGUUUCACUCUUCGCUCAGAGAAGAGUGAGGAGAAGCCAGGCCCGACAUGACAGCGCUGGGACGGGAAAGGAAAGCUCGCCAGCAGCCGCGGUUGACCGUCCGGUCCGAGGCGGUGUGGGCUGCGGGUCGCUACGCCGUGCUGGCCGCCCUGUGCGCCCUGUGCUACAGUAACUCCCUCCGCGGGGAGUUGGUGCACGACGAUGUGUGGGCUAUCAUCAACAAUCCGGACGUCCGACCGGGCUCCAGCCUCAGAAACAUAUUCAGCAACGACUUCUGGGGGAAAAGGAUGGCGGACAAUACGAGCCACAAGUCCUACAGACCGCUGUGUAUCCUCACCUUCAAGUUGAACAUCCUGCUGGGCGGAAUGAUGCCUCUCUACUUCCACAUCGUCAACGUGUGUUUGCACUGCGCUGUAACCUGCCUGCUUAUGUACACCUGUGAAAGCUUUGUGUUUGAAGACUCACUUCUGGCAUUCGUCACAGCACUCCUCUUCGCUGUGCAUCCCGUCCACACUGAGGCCGUGAGUAUACACAAACUGUCACCAACUGAGAGUCUGGAUACCAGCCUUGAGAACCAUAGGGACAGUCCAGGUUACGUUCUGCUUGACCCAAUGGGACUGUAUCAAAUCGAGGUCUGGUGA